GUAGUGCUGUGUGCGCAAUCAGUUGUCACGCGAACGGCUGUGAGCUGACAGACAGAAAAGAGUUGGACCUGCCAGUACAAUACAGUAUCUCUUCUUUUUUUCCCCUCGCAAGCAAUGCGUUCGAUAUGGAAUGUGAAGCCGAAUUAACACAAGUACAGUGAAACUGAACGAGAAAAACCCCCUUUCGUAAAGGAUCACAGUUUGUGAUUGUAUACCAGCCUUGUGCGUCCGGGAGUUGUACAGUGAUAACACGUAAUAGGUGUCACGGGGUAGAUAACAUGCUUUUAAUGAACAUGCGGCGCGUUAACGUCGCAGGAUGCACUAAUCUGUUAAGGAAGCUCGUUCAGCUGAGAACCAUGAUGGACAGCACGAAAGCAAGCGACGAUCCGCAUCUCUUGCAUCUGUUCGAUGGAGGGCCUGUUAAUGUUUAUUCUAAGGAUCACGAUAAUUUGUCCGUUGGUGCUCCAGGCCCAGAUCUCCUGAGGCUUUGUGUGGAAAUCAUGCAAAACGCGACACUACACAGAAUGGAAAGUGAGAAAGAAAAUCCGUAUCUUUUCCAAUAUGGUAUUCCUUGUGGACUCUGGGAAUUUAGAGAAGAUCUUUCUCAUUUUCUAUCAGAACUUUAUGGUGGAAAUGUGAACAGGAAAGAUCUUGUGCUAACAUGUGGGGCAACACAUGGUCUUCAGCUGAUACUGGGGACAUUCCUGUCUCCAAAUGCUGUUAUAUUUGUUGAGGAGGCUACAUACAUGAUUGCAUUGUCAGCUUUCAAACAGUAUCCUUUGAUGAAAAUAGUUCCAGUUCCUUUGAACAACGAUGGUGUUGAUACAGAGGCAUUUAAGAAAAUUGCUCUUGAAGAAAAAAGUAAAGGGAAAUGGAUGACAGAUGAGCAAAGACCAUUCUGGGCUGUGUUCUACACUAUCCCUCUAUUUCACAAUCCUACUGGCAUAACUAUGUCGGAAGGCUGCAGUCAAUCCUUAAUACAUAUGGCACGAGAACUGGACAUACUUAUUGCCUGUGAUGAUGUAUAUAACUUACUAUAUUAUGGCAGUAAAGAGUAUCCUCCUAAAAGAUUGUUUGCUUAUGAUACUGAAAUUGAUGGUUAUGGGGGAGGCCAUGUUAUAUCAAACUGCAGUAUUUCUAAGAUUAUGGCUCCAGCACUGAGAGUUGGCUGGCUUGAAGCUCCACCUAGACUGACAAACAUCUUACGAGAAUCUGGUGUGUUAGUCAGUGGUGGAGGAGUCAAUCAGUAUAUGGCGGGAUUAAUCACAAGUGCUAUUAAACUUGGUACUCUAAAGAGUCAUCUUAAUGUACUGAAAAAGACAUUUCAAGAUCGCAUGUUUUCAUUGUGCGAGGUGUUGUCCAAAAAUCUUCCAGAUGGUUGCAGUGCAAGGAGACCAGAUGGAGGCUAUUUUGUGUGGAUUGUUUUGCCAGAAACUGUAGAUGCAAAUGAUUUUCUUCCAUGGUGUAAAGAAAAUUACAAAGUUUCUGCUUUACCUGGGAACAUAUUUUCACCUGUAGGAAAAUUCAGAAACUGUAUAAGGCUUGCAAUUUCUUUUCAUGACAAAGAAAGAUUAAGUGCAGCUGGAUACAGACUUUGUCAAGCUCUUACAGAAUACUUUAAAAUCAAUUCUAUAGUUGUUUAGCAUAUUACAAAAAACAUUAUGUUGACUAACAAUUUUGUCAAGUACUUAGUAACAUCUGGUAAGACUUACUGGGAAUGUUGUGAGUGGAAAUUAUAAGUGUGUCUGCAUAUAUAAUAUACAACAGCAUGGGCAGUACAUGGUAAAGGGUAUCAUAUAUAGAAUAAAGAAAGCUA